AUCUUAAAUCUGGAAAAGUACCUCAAAAUUCGACGCAGCCUCCCCCAAAUUCGUGGAUCCUUGCUGCUUGGUGGUCUUCACUCUUCACUUGCACAUGAUACGACUACAGCUACAACUAAGGACUACAAAAGCCGAACCAAAGUGAUAAGGUUCAGAGUCAUUCUAGUUCAGGAAUCAGGGGUGGCUGUCUCUUCUUUCCCUCUGGUUCUACUUACUUAGAAUUGCUCACCUAGUCUAUCCUGAAACUUCUUCAACAAGCUAAUUUAUUAGUCCCGAUAUGCUACAAGAAUUGAAUUACUGGCUGAGAUAAAAACACCAAAAAAGAAGAAGAAGAAAAGAGAAAAAGCCGCACGGGAUGGUUUUGAUGAAGAGUCAAAAGCCGGAGGAGCUGGAAUCAGAUGGUGGGGUGGUUGGACGGCGGGUGUGUGACUUCUGCGGAGAUGCCGCGGCUCUUGUCUACUGCAGAGCCGACUCUGCUAAGCUCUGUUUGGCAUGCGACCGUCAAGUCCAUUCCACUAACCCGCUCUUCACUAAGCACACUCGCUGCCUGCUCUGCGACGCCUGUGAUUCCACUCCCGCCACCAUUUUCUGCUCUACUCACUCCUCUGUACUCUGCCAGAACUGCGAUUGGGACACCCAUACCUAUUCUUCUUUCUCAGCUGUACAUGAUCGCAGGCCUCUUGAGGGAUUCUGUGGCUGCCCCUCUGUGACUGAACUAUUGGGGAUCCUUGGGUUUGAAGAGCUUGGGAAGAAAUCCCUUUUGCUUUCUGAUGCUCCUGCUUCUGCUGCUCUCAAAGAAGCUAGUAAUACCAAUUCCAGUCGUCAUGAUGUUGAUGAUGCUGAAAGUGUUUAUGAGCUGUCGGAUCUGUUGGUUUGGGAGACGCCUUCGAUCGUCAGUCUUGAUGAUUUGAUUAUGUCCAAUGAUUCUUCUUCUGGACGUAGUUUACAGGCUAUGGGGGUUCCUCCCCUGCCUAAGAAUCGAAAUGCUACAUGUGGACAACACAGAGAGGAAAUGCUUUCCCAGCUACGCCAAAUGUCAAAGUUAGAACCUAACAUCAAUUGCGGCCAAGCGGAUGUUGAACCCCUUGUAGGAUUUCAACUCCCGGUACCCGAGCAAAACCUCCAGUUUGGGCAGAAGGAUGAAAGCCUCGAUCACAAUUCUGAGCCAGUGUUAGGUUCUUCAUAUGAGGCCAGCGCAUUUCAGUGGGGCAGUGAAAAAGUUGAGGAUGAAGUUCCGGACAUUUCUGCCUUAUUAGGUGAAAAUAUUGAGCUGAACCAUAUAGUUCCUGACAAAGAUUCAGGUGUUGGUGACAGCCCAGGGCCCCUAAGAGGCAGUCACGAAGAGCAAAUGCAUCCUCCGGCAGCUGAAACCCUCCAAACCCUUCCUAGACCUGCUAUUCGUGAGUUAAACAGCCAGGAGAGAGGCUCAGCAAUUUCACGGUAUAGGGAGAAAAAGAAAACUAGAAGGUUUGACAAGCACAUCAGGUAUGAAACGCGGAAAGUUCGUGCAGAAAGUCGGACAAGAAUUAGGGGACGUUUUGCCAAGAUGGCUCGCUGAGGUGCCUCUGUUCACCUCUGUGAUUUUAGGUAGGACAACACUUCGAAGUUUUGAACUGAAAGUAGCCAUUGCUCCAAAGGAUGUUUGAUGAGAUGGAUCACUGAACUGCUGCUACCUUAGAAGCAGGUGUUCUAGUUGUAAACGAACUAAUAUAUCUCCUGCUUCACUUUCAGUCUAAAGGCAACUUGAUAGCCUUUGAAGUUAAUUUUGGUAGUAGUUCGUAAAGCCAAAUGUUGUACUCCAUAUGUAUAGUUUAGGCUUCUUAGUUGAAAUGUGGGUUUUUCACCAGCAGAGUUUGUGAAUUGGCAAAUAUAUGUAGUUGUUCCCUGUGUGUAUAUGGAUAAAUCUGAUGCCAAAGCACAGCAUGUAGAAGACGUAAAAAAAUUUUCCUCCAACAGCGGAUAUGGGCUUCCAGCUCUUGCGGUCAAAAGUCAGUUCUAAAAGCUUCUCGAACUCCUGGCACUAUCUUGAUUAAUUGUACUAUCAUUUUGCUAGUAUUAGAUCAAAGGUAUCAAUAUAUUGAUCCGUCUAAA